AUGUCUAAUACUAGUAUUUCAUCUUUUAAGGGCGAUAAGCUAGUUGGUAGCUCUAAUUUUAUAGAGUGGAAGACUAAUGCCGAUUUAUUCCUAGAAAUAAAUGGCUAUAUGUCAUAUAUCGACGGUACCGAAGCUAUACCUAAUAGGUCUUUAUAUUAUAAAAUAGAGACUAAGUCUGAUAAAGAAGGAAAAGAGUCUAGAACUUGGACCCCUUUAUCGGCUGAAUUAGCGGCUAGAUAUGCCGAUCGAGUUUCCGAAUUUAAUCGUAAUAAUAAAAGAGCUUUAGGAGCCUUAAAAUCGAUUAUAUCAAUUAAUAAUAAUGAUCGAUUUAAAGAUAAGGCUGAUGCCGAAGACCUAUAUAAAGCUAUUAUUACGACAUUCGGCCAAUCUAGCUUGGAAUUAAUUGGUCGCUAUUUUAAUAAAAUAGUGGACAAUAAUUAUAAUUCCUUUAAUAGUAUGGAUGAAUAUACUAGUAAUAUUCAGUCAUCUAUUAUAUAUCUUAGGGAAUUAGGGCAAAUUAUACCCGACCCUAUUAUCGUUUGGCUAGUAUUAAAGGGUCUUCCUGGUUCCUACAAUAAUUACGCUUCUCGUAAAUAUGAGGAAUUGACGGAUAGCCUUAAAGCUAUUAAUAUUGGCAAACUGAUUACCGAUUUAAUAUCGGAAGAAGGGAGGCUUACUUCUAAUUUAGAAGCUAAUAAAGCCUCCUUUAGUAAUAAUCAGUCCUAUUGCAAACAUUGCAAUAAAAAGGGACAUAUAGAGGAUAAAUGCUUUAUUAAAUAUCCUGAAUUAAGGAAUAAUUACUCUAGUUCUAAA